AGAAAUCAGAAGCGUGCUUUGAAGAUAUUUUCUAGAGCUCUUCAUCAGCUCGCCUACGCCCCAACUGGAUUUAUAAUCAAGACGUUGAGUGCACUGCAUGUAAGAUUUGAAGCCAAGUUGAGAUACGUCUUAAUAAUGUUCGAUAAUAUAUAUAUUGCGCCGUCAGGUCCUGUUCAAUGCAUGGUUCUCCUCCUGUGUCAUUCAUCAACCCAUUACUAGCAAUAAACUCCAAAACUUCUAUCACAUUUUGAAAGAUGAAGGGGGCCACGUUCCCAACUUUAUUGGCGUCCAUAGCCGGCGCAAGCAACAUAAACUUUCCUUUUCCCUACAACUCCACCACCCCCGUUCCAUUUCAAGCUUCUGUCGAGACAAGUAUUAUUGAAGAAGCCCGAUUCAAAGCGAGCCUGUUUCGCCCAUCCAUUGAUUUGCUGGAUGGAGAUAUAAGCGACGCAGGAUGGGGUGAAGGCCCGCCUCGAGCAAAUAUGACCGCCGUUGCGAAACACUGGAGCAAGAACUACGACUGGAACAAAGCACAAGAUGAGAUCAACGGCGAGUUUUCCCACUUCGCGGUUACUAUCCCUGGUACCAGCGGUUACAAACAUCCCGUCUCGCUGCAUUUUGUUCACGAACGCAGCGAUGCCGAUGAAGCAAUUCCCUUGCUGCUAUUACACGGGUGGCCCUCAACCCAUCGGGAGUGGUCUAAAGUUAUUGAUCCGCUGCGGUCACCUACCAACUCGAGUACUCAAGCUUUCCAUAUCGUUGCCCCGGACCUACCAGGCUUCGGAUUUAGCCCAUCCCCAACUUAUUCCGGCUUGAACGCGCGCGAAAUGGGAGCUGCCAUGCACCAGCUCAUGAUUUUGCUGGGUUAUGACAAGUAUGGUAUCGUUGGGACCGAUCUGGGCUGGACAGUCGGUCAUACCCUGGCUCAUCAAGUGCCCGAUAGUGUGAUCGGGUUCUUCUCCGACUUCUGGCUUAUCCUACCAAACGCCACAGAUCUCGAACGACGUGCACAAAAUCAGACUACGGAGGAAGAGACAUUGUACAUUGACUCAGCCCAGGAUUUCAUCACUAAUCACGCUAACCAUCUAGCGCUACAUUCACAAUCCCCCCUGGCCAUAGGUCAGGCUGUUGCUGAUACGCCAGUGGGCUUCGCAGGCUGGGUUUGGCAUAUCGUCCACUGGUUUAACGACGGGUACGAGUAUGCUCUCGACGAACUCAUCACUAACACCUUACUGUUGUGGAUCCCAGGUCCAUUUGGGAAUAUCAGAGCUUACAGAGAAUUAAUUCCGUCACUAUCCAACUUGCCAUAUGUCAAUGUCCCCACUGCUGGUAGUGUUUGGGGUUUGUCUAAUAGUCCACUCGCAACGUUUGCUUACCUUCAAUUAACUCCUCGUUCGUUCAUAGAGCGCGUGGCCAACGUCACAUUCUAUAAUAGACAUGAGCAUGGUGGACAUUUCCCGGCCCAGACAGAGCCUGAAAUCUGGAUUAAAGACGUACAGGAUUUCUUUGGAGGCCUCGUGCACUAGGAACAUACAAAAAUGCUUCUCGGCUUCUGUUAGGUGGAUGGGACUUACGCUUACUUGUUCACAACGCUAUCAUAGUCCCUUGACAUAUUUUCAUUCAUAGUAUUGCAAAACCUUAACGUAUAUCUUGCCACGUACCCGAAUGGAAGCGUCG